AGUAUGUUCGAUGACCCCUCCACAUCUGCGCCAAUCACCAGAACUGUCCUCUCCUCAUUAUAAAAAAAAUAAUCACCCACAUUAAAAUCCUAAUCAAAAUUCCUCUCCCAAAUCGCAGUUCGUCCUUGACUAAAUCACAGUCAUCCAAUCACCAAAUCACCCCACCAAAAGUCCCUAGUCAUGUCAUGAUUGUAAUCGAGUGAGGCGUUUUUGAAAUCAUGUCACAAGACGAAUCCCUCGGUUUAAUCACAAAAUUAAGUGUUUCUCUGGGCACUUCGGAGCCCGCUUUGCGCCUCCUCCUCACAAUCCUCGCCGGUUAUCCCCUCGCCGGGGUGCAUCGGUUUUGUGUCUACGGAAAGCCUGCUCUGGUCCAGCAUGGGUUUUCCAUACUGGCGGGGUUUGCCUUGGGGUACUGGAACUAUGGCUGGGAUAUGCUGCACACAGUGUUCGCCAUAGGGGUGACCUAUGGGCUUCUGCUGGUUCUGGGAGGAACGGCCAUCAGUGUGGGGCUGGUGUUCGUAUUUAAUUUGACGUAUCUUCUGCUAGGCUACUACUACGUGGGCACGGACAGUUACGACAUCAACUGGACCAUGCCCCAAUGCAUUCUAGUCUUACGCCUCAUCGGCAUAGCCUUCGAUUACUACGACGGCCAACAACCCCCCGAAAGCCUAGGAGCCGAAAACAAAAAAGUCGCCUUGGCACAAUGCCCCAACCUCCUAGAAAUGUACGGCCACACCCUAUUCCCAGCCAGCUUCAUGGUAGGCCCCCAAUUCCCCAUGAAAAGGUACCAGGACUUCGUCGCCGGCAAGUUCAGCGAAAACGACGCAGCCCCAACCACGAACAUCAAACCCGGACUCACCCGAUUCGCCCUGGGGGUGUUCUACCUCGCGGUUUUCCAAGCCCUAGGACUCCUAGUCUCGGAUCAAUACAUGUACUCAGAGGAGUUCGGGGAGGUGGGCUUUGUCAAGAAGAUGCUCCUGAUGGGGGCCUGGGGAAGGUUCACCAUGUAUAAGUAUAUAUCGUGCUGGUUGCUGACGGAGGGGGCUUGCAUUGUCUUCGGGUUGGCUUACAACGGUAAGGGGGAAGACGGGACGCCGAUUUGGAACGGGGUCGAAAACGUGAAGUUGUCCACGUUCGAGAACACCACCGAGUUCACUCACUAUAUCCAGUCGUUCAACAUCAACACGAACCACUGGUCGGGUCAGUACAUCUACAAGCGUUUGAAGUUCCUCGGGAAUCGACAAAUCAGUCAAUUGGCGACCCUCGGGUUUUUGGCCGUCUGGCACGGAUUCCAUUCGGGUUACUACGUUUGUUUCUUCUUCGAAUUCAUGGUGGUGUACAUGGAACGAGACCUCAAAUCCAUCGUGAAAGCGAACAACACCCUGUCGGGCUUUUUCGGGGACCCUACGGUGUCGACGGUCGUUCAUGUUUUACUCAGGUUGUACACGCUGGUGUUCAUGGGUUGGUGUCUGAUGCCUUUCGCCCUUUUGAAGUUCGAUAGGUACUGGGGCGCCUUCAGCAACGUGUACCAUGUAGGGUCGCUGACGUUCCUGUUGUGGCCGGUGGUCUACGCGCCCAUUUUGAGGCUCGUUUUCAGGAAGUCGAAGAAGGAGGAGAAGGAGCGCACCGAAUGAUUAGGUGCGGGCUGCUUGAUUUGUAGUUUCUUGGUUUGUAGGAACGAUAAGUACGUACUUAUUGGCACUUAACGACUUGCGGUUUUUUUAAAUUCUUUGGUGAUUCCCACGGCACAAAUAUUUUAUUUAUAUGGCAUUUGUUAUUGUUAUUAAUAAACUGUUGCGAAACACGUGUUCGCUCAUUGUGAUGAGUGA